AUAAUCGACUCGAUGAAUUCAGUUAGGAAGGUCCCAAAAUGAUUCGUUCAAACGAAUCGAUUCUUUAGUGAAUCACUGGUUCAGAUGAGCCGAGUGUCAUGGCCGCUCAGGUGAAGGCUCUGGUGAGCACUAAGUGGUUAGCCGAGGCGAUCAAAAAGAAAUGCGUGGGACCGAGUUUGCGGAUUCUGGAUGCCUCGUGGUACUUACCGAAACUGAACCGGAAUGCCCGUGAGGAGUUCACGCAGCGCCACAUCCCAGGCGCGUCGUUCUUCGACAUCGACGAGUGCUGCGACAGGGCGUCCCCGUUUGAUCACAUGCUGCCCGGGGACAGCGAGUUCGCCGACUACGUGGGAGAGCUGGGCGUCGGUAACGACACGCACGUGGUCGUGUACGACUGCAGCGACUUCGGCUCGUUCGCGGCGCCGCGCGUGUGGUGGAUGUUCCGCUUCUUCGGUCACCGCUCCGUGUCCGUGCUGAACGGCGGGAUGAAGAACUGGCUGCACGAGGGUCAUCCGGUCACUGACGUGUACUCCACACCGGCGCGCGCGGAGUUCCGGGCCCAGGGGAACGCGGCGUGGGUCAAAACGUACGAAGACGUUCUGCAGAACCUCACUGACCGGAAGUUCCAACUCGUAGACGCGAGAGUGGAGGGACGCUUCCGGGGGCUCGAGCCUGAACCGCGCGAAGGCACAGAACCCGGUCACAUCCCUGGCAGCAUCAACAUGCCCUUUCCUUCCUUUCUGGAUUCCUCUGGUCUGGAGCGUCCAGUGGAGGAGCUGAUGGAGAUGUUCCAAGUUGCAGGCGUCGACCUUCAGCAGCCCUUCUGUGUGACGUGUGGUUCGGGGGUGACGGCGUGCCACAUCACGCUCGCAGCACACCUGUGUGGACACCCGGGCGUGUAUCUGUAUGACGGCUCGUGGUCCGAGUGGUUCUCCAGGGCGGCACCGGAGCACAUCGUCUCAGAGGGGAAAGGCAAACAACAGUGAGAGACAAAAUAAUGAAAGAUCAGAAAGCUGGAGUGCAGAAUGUGAAAGUGCACUUUAAACUAGUUCAUUCAGUGCCUCGUGUAUUGCUUUCGACUGUGUUUAUAAUUCAGAAGAAUAUAAAUGGUUAAGAUUCAUGUUACUGAUUUUAUAUCUCUUCGCUAGGUCUAUGAACUUAAUGAUUUUAAUUAAGCUGUAGUUCACAGAGUGCACUACAUACUGAAAGGUUUAAAAUCCUACACCUGAGUAAACUCUAGCUUUGCUAAUGCGCUAAUCUGUUGUUGUUUACAAUAACUAACAUAAGAAAACUGUUUUCUUCUUAUCAUUUGUAUCAUAUAAGCAGCAUUAAUAGUCAUACAUUUUAAUUAGGAAAUUCAUUAUUUUUUGAAAUUAAUUAUGUUCAAGCAAAUAAAGAGUAAAACUAUA